CUUCCCAUCGCUUCCCAUUCCGCUCAGUCUUCGGAUAGCCCCAUCCUGCACAUGACCUGGAAGGGAGAUUUCGGCCAGACCACGAGCGAUUAAACGGCGCCGUGCACAACGCGGACAAUCUCGCCCGCCAACCGUGAAACCGCCUCUGUGUGGCGUAUGAAGGGGGAGGGGAGCGGAAGACGGGAAGCGCCUCUUCCGGGGCCGAACCUCCGUUCAGGAUUCGGGCCCUCCACGCAGCCGGGCCAAUGGCAUCGCUCCCACUCGAGCGGACGAACACUGGCCGGCCAAUGGCAUCGCGGAUUUGGAGGCGGGGCCUCGCCGUGCAGGCGACUUGGCGCCUUUUCGCCCCGGAGACCCGAGCCGCCGUCGGCCUGCCUUCCAGUUGGAGAGCGGAGCUGGGAUGCGGGUCCCGGGGUCUUCCGGCUGAGCCGCGCCCCGGGCCGCCAUGGAGAUCAGCCACUCGGUGAAGGAGCGCACCAUCGCGGAGAACAGUCUGGUAUUGCUGCUGCAGGGCCUGCACAGCCGCGUCACCACCGUGGAGCUGCGCGACGAGAGCGUGGCCGUGGGCCGCAUCGUCAACGUAGACGCCUUCAUGAACGUCCGCCUGGGCGAGGCCACCUUCACCGACCGACACGGCUGCGCCUGCCGGCUGCAGGACCUCUUCAUCACCGGCAGGAACGUCCGUUACGUCCACAUCCCCGACGAAGUGGACAUCCGGGCCACGAUCGAGCAGCAGCUGCAGCUCAUCCACCGCGUCCGCACCUUCGGCGACCGAGGCAAGGGCAGGACCGAGUUCCUUCGGCCGAAGCCAGCGGGCAAGUGACCUGUCCGGUGACAGUCGGGCACGCGGAGAACCGGUGCUGGAAAUCUGCUCGUUUCAGGAGAAAUGUGCCCGAGAAGACGCAUCGCUCUCUUGGGAAGUCCGGGGCUGCUUUCCUGCUCGGUGUGACCAAGCAGCUCCCAGACCGGUUCAAAGGGGAAUCGGAGGGUGACGUUCCUUUGUCAGAAUAUAAGCCAUUGUCUACCAAUAAGAACAAUAUUUUCAGAGGCUUUUCUGUUAAUAUUCUCUCCCCACCAACCUCAAGAAUAAACUCGUAAGCUUUAAAAUUCAGACGGCCUGUUGAAGCAGGGAGGUGGUGGACGUCUUUUGAUCCCCCUGUUGAAGCGCUGUGUGGUGUAUGCCUUUGGAUUACAGUAAUUUCUAAUCAGAAAUGAAAACUAAUUUUGUGCCUAAUGGGUUGGAUUUUCUGGAGUUUUUUGUAUUAGUUCGUUCUGAUUACAAAAUAAGCAAAG